AUGCACGCGAUGCACGCAUCUCCGGGUUCGUCAUGUCGUAUCCGUUAUUAUAGAUCAUACAUCUCAUCCGUCAAACACCUUGCCAUACAUCUCGGCCAAAUUCUCCUACAACCUUCGUACAAACUUGUGACGCCAAAAUGGAAGAACUUUCAAAGUUUGAAGAUCGGCUGGAAAGACAGGGUACGACUGAACAACGUGAUAUGGCGGGCAUGGCACCGACAGUUCGUUGUUUCCAUUGUGAACUGUUUUUGUUUUGUGGGUGAAUAUAUAUCCGUACGGCGUAUUAUAACGUCGUCCGCGUUUCCAGAUACCAGUGGUAGUAUUUAA